CGAAGGACGAGACGUAACCCCGCUACUUCUGCCCAGUCAACGGUGAGGAGUGACAACCCUGAAUAGGGUAUGAUUGUCCCUGUCAAUGGGUUGGAAACGGCGCUAAAUAAUGUGGCAAACAUGAUGGCCAACAUUAUGGAGCGAUUGGAUAAGGCUCUUCCAGGUCCAUCCGGAACCCGGGAUAUCCCUGCCAGGCAACCCCGCCAGGUCCUGCGUACUGCGAGUUCUCCUAUCCUACAGGAGCUCCAUGAUCCGGAGGAGGUUGAAAGGGAAAGGCGAGCCAUUGACAGACGCCGGGCGAAGGAAUUGGCCCGAAAUAACAAGGUGAACGAAGGCCAGGCUAAGGAUCCAAGUCGGAUCUUCGGCGAUGGACCCGAAAACCCGCGGGGAUCUGUCUUUGAAAGGAUAUCUCGCCAGAAAGCUCACGUUAGUGAGAGGCUGGGGAAGAAUCCGGAAAAGGCACCCCAGGGCUGGGUACGACCCCAGGCCAGCCAGGUGGCAUCUUCCAAUCGUGAACCCCGGCAGCGGAACGACCGUGGCGCGAGCCAAGUGCCGGUCCGGUCGUUACGGAACCUGGAGGAGGACGAAGUUCAAAGCCAAGCCAGGGUCCCAGCACCACGGCGUCUGGGACCGCUGGUACCGGAAGCUGGUGAAUUUCAAAACCUGAGACAGCAGAUCCAGGAGAUCCAGAGGAAGAUAAAUAAGGGUCGAAUAUUCACUACCCGAACGAAUACUCCCUUAGCUCCGGAGAUUUUUGCGGAACCAUAUCCGCAGGGAUUCAAAAUGCCAUUUGUCAAGCGUUAUGACGGCGAAUCAGACCCCCAAGAGCACAUAAAUAGCUAUGUCCAAGUGAUGAUCGCCGUGGACGCCAGUGACGCACUCAUGUGUCGGUGCUUCUUGCAGACCGUUGAUAGCAAGGUUGCAGACUGGGUCAACCAUAUCCCUGCCGGAUCAAUCCGAACAUGGGAUGAAUUGGGACUACGGUUCCUAGAGCAUUUUGCCGGGAACUGCCGUCCCAAAAAGCAUUUCACUCACUUGGCAUCAGUGCGACAGAAGCAUGAUGAAUCCUUGAAGAAUUUCCUUAUCCGAUGGAGGAAAGAGUCCAGGGAGGUUGAAGGAACUGAUGAUAAAUCCAGGUUGGCUAUGUUCACGGCGGCAUUACAGGAUGGACUCCUUCACACCGAUCUCACUACCCAUCCCCCGGAUACCUUCGAAGAAGCGAUGGUCCGGGCAGGGAGGUACGUGACCCUGGAAGAAAGAAAGGAGGAGAAGAAGGAGAAGACCCCUAAAGAAGAAGAGAAGACGGGGAACAAGAAGCUGUUCAAGAAUAAGAAGCAAGGCUUCCCGGACGGCCCAAAGGGUGCAAGUCCUGGGACCUCGGAGAAGCAUAAAUCUGCCAACCCGGUCUUCACAUUGCCAGUGGCUGAGGUCAUGGCCCAUGCCGCACAGCAGGGACUUAUGACUUACCCAACCUAUUCUCAGAAGGUUUGCAAUGUGGAAGACACUGGAAAAUGGUGUGCCUACCAUCGCAAGAAUGAUCACAACACGGAAGAUUGCUACACUCUGAAGAAUGAGAUGGCAAGGCUGAUCCGCCGGGGUCAUCUGAAGAAAUUUGUACAAGAUGGUGACACCGGGAAUCCCGGGAAUGCUCAGAAUGGGAAACGCAGGGAUAAAGAAGUGGCCCAAGCUGAGGCCCAGGAGAAACGCCACAUUGGGCUUGAAGACGAAGACCGGAAGAAGUGGGCUAACUCGGCAGUGGUCAACAAGGUGCUGGUCCCGGAAGGUAAGAAGUUGAAAACCGAGCCUAUUGUAUUUUGUAAUGCUGAUCUUCCAGAGACAGGGGUCCCUCAUAGGGACGCCCUAGUAAUUACUAUUGAUAUAAUGGACUUACUGAUCCACAAAACCCUUGUGGAUACGGGAAGCUCCGUUAAUAUUAUGUAUAUGGAUACGUACAAGGCUCUCGGUUUGACAAGAGAUGAAUUAUCACCCAUCAAGACUCCACUAACUGGGUUCACUGGUGACUCUAUUGAGCCGGAGGGGGUAAUAACCCUCCCGGUGGAGAUAGGGGAUACUAAGGCAACCCGGAAGCUGGACAUGGAGUUUGUCGUGGUGGGGAUAAUUUCCAGCACGAACAUUAUCUUGGGCAGACCCGGAUUGGAAGAUUUGGAGUGCGUUAUUUCACCUCGUCACCUGUGCAUAAAAUUCCCAACCCCCCAUGGGGUUGGAAUUGCCAGGGGAUCUCAGAGAGUAUCCCGGGCAUGGUAUUUGAAGGCAACCAAACAGCCGGUCAAGUACGAUACCCAAGUAGGAGAAGUAACUGCGCAGCUCCUGAGGGCAGAGGAAAAACGUCCCAGAGUAGAAGUUGCCGGCAACAUUGAAGAGGUGGAACUAGAGCCAGGCACGCCGGGAAGGUUUGUCAGGAUUGGUAAGGGGCUGGGGGCUGAACUCAGGUCACGAGUGAUUUCAGUCCUCAGGAGGUUCAGAAGGGUCUUUGCAUGGAGUCUAGCUGAUAUGCCAGGGCUGGAUCAUAAGAUUGCAGUUCAUCGCCUAAAUGUUCUGCCAGAUGCUAAACCGUUCCGUGUGUCCAACAAUGAAGCUGAGUAUGAGGCCCUGAUCAAUGGUUUGAAAGUUCUGCGUAAGAUGGGAGUAUCCAGGGUUCAGGUUUACACCGACUCCCGACUAGUUGUGGGACAAAUCACGGGGGAAUUUGAAGCAAAGGAAGAAAGGAUGAAAAGGUACCGGGACUUGACCUUGGAGGUGUUGGGAAAAUUUGAGUUUAAGCUUGAACAUAUUCCCCGAGCCCAGAAUGCAGAGGCUGAUGUUCUCUCCAAGCUCAGCGCAGAGUCACCGGAAUACGUAAGCAAGUUAGCAACCAUUGAAGAGCUGGUAACCCCUAGUCUUAACAGCAGUGAAGUGAUCUGGGUAUUGGCUGAUCCCCCGGAAUGGCUGGAUCGGUUGGCCAAAUAUAUUGAGGACGGUGAAUCCCCAGAGGAUCCCCAGGAAGCACGUCUAUUACGAAUGAGGGCACCAACCUACAAGGUACAGGACGGAGUCCUCUAUAAGCGGUCCUACAACGGAGUUCUACUCCGCUGUCUUAGGGCAACAGAGGCGAAGGCAUUGAUGGAAGAAAUACACGAAGGAGUAUGUGCUGCACAUCAGGGUCCUUAUUCCAUUUCCAGGAGGGCUAUCAUCCAGGGAUAUUUCUGGCCAACGAUGAGGAAGGAUUGCGAGGAAUAUGUACGCAAGUGCCCAACCUGCCAGCAAUUCCAGAAUAUACCCGGGAGGCCAGCCACGAAUUACAUGCCCGUCAGCUCCGUGAUUCCCUUUUCGAGAUGGGGGAUUGAUCUUGUGGGAGCCCUGCCAAAAGGGGCAGGACAGGCGAGGUGGAUUGUGGUGGCGAUAGACUAUUUCACAAAGUGGGUGGAAGCUGAGCCACUUGCAGGGAUCACCGGAAGGCAGAUGAUCGACUUCGUCGGGACCAAUAUACUCUGCAGGUUUGGGGUCCCAAAGCAGAUCAUAUCAGACAAUGGAACCCAGUUUGAGGAAGCAGAAUUUCAAAACUUUCUCAAAACUUGGGGGAUUCAGCACACGAAGGUGUUUGUUGCGUACCCUCAGGCUAACGGACAAGUGGAGAACGUCAACAGAACGAUCAUAGACGGAAUAAAGAAGAAGCUACUUUCAGAAGGAAGCAAAUGGGUAGAUGAAUUACCCAGAAUCCUGUGGACAUACAGGACGACUCCGAGGAGAGCUACGGGUGACACUCCUUUUGGCUUGGCUUAUGGUUUUGAAGCCCGGGCUCCCGCUGAAGUAGUAAUCCCCACUAGGAGGGAAAUGGAAUAUGACCCGGAGGUGAACGAGCAGAAUCAGGCCGUAGAAAUGAAUUUCGUAGAAGAACGAAGGGAUGAAGCGCGUAUCCGGGCAGAGAAUUAUCGUCGCCAGGUGAAAUCUUACUUUGAUAGCAAGGUGAAACCAAGGGCAUUUCAGGUGGGGGAUUAUGUUCUGAGGAAACGAGAGAAAAGUCAACCAACUAAAGGUGGGAAGCUGGCUACGAAAUAUGAAGGACCUUAUAUCAUCAAGGCUGUUGUUCGUCCAGUCAACAAGAAGGAGGUGACGGACCCUUCAAUGGGCUCUUUCUCUUUGACAAGGGACACGUUGAUGAAACAGCGGUUUCCCAUAGGUCAUAAUCUUCCCAGGUCCCAGGACGAGGGGCUGCUCUCUUCAAUGGAAAACCAUUGUUGGGGGGCUUCAGCAGUACAGGGCGAACUCCUGGAGAGUCAUGGAGUCCCAGUCUAUCUCCCCGGAGGGAAGCCUGGGUGGACUGGGAGGAGAUGGCGUAGGAAGGCGGGGCGCCGGAUAAAGCCUCGAGAACUCGCCGAGACUCAACCCGGCCAUGUCGUUGGAUUGGGCUGGGGAGGUGGAGAAGUCAUCAUUUGAAGAAGAAGAUGUCCCGGAGUGGGUUAGGUCGAUGAUGACCUUUCCUUCAGACUUGCUUGCCAUGGCGAGGAAGUUAGAGAGUGAUGGACGGGCCGCUAAUUGCCCUUUCCCAUUUUAUAGCCAGAAGGGAAGGAAUAGUUGGGAAUUGAUGAGUGCAAUUAAAAGGCAUGAAAGAUU